AUGAAAGAAGAUUUAGAAGGAACAGAUUUCGAAACUUCCCAUGAUGUAUUUCUUAUCCAUGCUAAUGAUCCAUAUGAGGAAAGGGAUUUUGCACUGAAAAUUGUAAAACCUUUAUUAGAAUCUAAAGGUCUUAAGGUUAUGACUGAUUAUGAUGAUUUUAAAAGUGGAGAAAAUGUUUUUGACAACAUUGCUUUAGCAAUUAAAAGGUGCAAGAAGUCCCUCAUCAUACUAACAGAACAUUCCCACAGAAGUCCAUGGUGUUCCUUAGAACUAAUUUUGGCUCUGGAGAAAUCUCACAGACGUAACAUUAUGUCUGUUGUUGUGCUUUGGAAAGGAAAAUCAGUGGAAUGGGAACAUCAAAUAGCAUUGGAGAUGCUAAACAUGGUUCCACGUGUAGACAUUGGGAACUACAACGAUAUUAACCACAAAUUAGAAGAACUUGUUGAUAAAAUCCGAGAGAAAAAAUGUGUAGAAGAACUUUUGCCUGCAGGAAAUAUUGCACAUGCUCAAGUCUGGUCCCACUACACAGGAUUAUUGCAGUACUUGAUUCCAGAAAUUGCAGAUCUUAUCGAAGAAACAGAAUUAUACAAGAAAAACCCAUCUAGGUUUUCUUUGAAGUUGUAUGAACUUGUUCCUGAAAACUGUCUCUGUCCUUCGGUUAUUCAGGAUAUCUCCGAAGAAAAGUCUGGACAACGAAUCAUUGCUAUGACUGAGAAAUUACCAACGUUAACUUAUCAAAGGGCUGGAAACACAAGAUCCGUUAAUAUGACCAUUUACUGCGUAAAGGACACAGAUGGCACGGAAUAUUACUGUGUGGCAGAAUAUCCGGCAGUUUUGGCAGGAAUGCAGAAGAUGAUUGAGACGACUUCUACAAAGUUUCAAGAAUGUGACAGACGCAUGCAAGUUGGACGUUUCUACUACAUACUGGUGGCUCUCUUACAUCACGAAAGCUUGGAAAAUACGUUAAAUAAAGCAAGGGUUAUCAUGUAUAAUGAAAACAGACCAGGGUUUGUUUUAGCAGACGAGAUGUUAAAAGCUAUCAAAGAAGACAUAACUCUGGCGACAGUGAUGGAAGGGUUUGGAAAGGUUGAAAGACCAUUGGAUAGGCUGAGUUCUAAAGAACCAAAGGAUUAUGAGAAUGAGGCUUUAUUGUUAUGCCAUAGUAGUGAAGCGAGUGAAGCAAUAGGGCAUGAAAUGGAAGAAUAUCUUGAAAAAAAAGGUUUAAAACUCGCAAGACAUGAAGCAGGACAGAGAUACUUUGAUUUGGCUGAUGCCAUUGAAAAAUCCUACUGGACAAUAGUGGUCCUGACACGAGAUGCCCUGGGUGACAACACAUUUGCAAUGCAGAUUUUAAUCCUUCUUGAAAGAUUUGUUACUGAGAAGAAAAUUAGAUUGAUACCAGUUUUAGUGGACACAAGAUAUGAAGACAUCCCAGAUGCUCUGCGUUUUGUUACGUAUGUUGCAACUGAUGAAAGCAAGAAAUACCUGGAAAGACUUCUUUGUACUUUAAAAGGAAAGGAUGUCAAAUUUGAGAAAGAAACACUAAUUCCAGCAGGGGAUGUGGCCUAUGGAUUAGCCUGGACCUACGUCCUCAACUACCUACAAUUUGUUCUGAUGGAUCCAGAACAGGAGGGUGCCAUUGGAAUAAUACAAGAAUAUGUAUAUAUAUAA